AACUAUUUGACUAACAAUAGUAAGAUCAUCUAGUGAAACUCAAAUUUGGCAGAUGUAGUCUGAGAAACUCUAAAAUCUUGGCUAACAUUAAAAUGCCUUCUCAUACUUAUCUGUCAUACUUCCGUGCUGGAACUGGCUUCAAUUAGUUAUAAUAAAUAAAGCCAGACGCUAACAACCAUAAUUUGUUAUGAAUUCUUCAGGAAUACUGUGGUCAUACUACUAGCUAAAAACCAAAAUCAAUCCCUUAGCCCCUCCCCCCAAAAAUCCACCUCAAGAGACUCCACACCAAACUAGGAAAGAAAUCCUAAGUGGGUCCUGUGGAACAGCAUCUACAGAACUUCUGUUCAUUCAAGGGCCAUUUUGAUAAGUGAGAAGAGAAGGAUUAUUUGUUUAGGGUCCUCUCAAAGAAGAAAUGGAGUUCUGGAUAAUUUUAUAUAAUAAAAAAUAAAGUUGUCAUUUGUUAUAGCCAAUGAAAUCAUCAGAAGCAAUCGAGCAAUGUAGUAGUUUUAAAAUUAAAAAAAAAAAAACAACUCGCUGUCAAAAAAAAUAGAUUUUUACCAAUCCCAUCUAACUGAAAAAUGUAAUUGAUUAUGUUUUAAAUACAUACUGUAUCUUUAAGAAAUUUACUGAACACAAUGUUUAAUUCCUGUAAAUAUAUGCAAGUAGGAAGUGUCUGAGCAUGAAAUUUAGAGCAUUAUGUAACUCCUAAAGUUUCCUAAUUAACUUCCUCUUUUUUUGAGCAGAAACAUUUCUGGACAAACACACAAAGAAAUGGCAACUUUCAAUAAAUGCAAAGUCGUGCUACUGUUGGAAUUCAACUGGAUUCUAUACUAUGUUGGUCAUGUUGUAGAUACCUGCAAAGUUACCGUAAAACAACACCAAUUUAAGGAAGUAGACGACAGUGUCAGCACUGUGAAUGUAACAUGCAGUUUCUCUGCUUCCGGAUGUCAUGGCUCCCCUCAAAUGCUAUGGUUUCGCUAUAAUGAUUUUACACAUGAGGCUUUGUGUACACCUCAAUGCAUAGAGAAGUUCCAAGUGAUUGAAUCACUGUCCGAUCAUAAUGUUUUACUUCAGAUCAACAAACUGACUGUAAAUGACAGUGCCAUUUAUAUCUGUGGAAUAGCAUUUUCAGAUUCAGAUACACACACAUCCAAGCAAACCGGGGGAGGAACGAUAUUGGUGAAAAGAGGGUCUGAGAAGUACAGCACUGAAGAAUACAUCCCCAUGAUAGUCCUCUCAUCUUUGCUGUUUCUAUACAGCACUGCCAUACUUGCAAUCUUUAUAUUCUAUAAGUCAAAAUCCAAACUGGUAAAGAAAACCAGGAAAGGAGAUGUGAAAGGAGAGCACCAUAAAAAUACGAGUGGGCGAACAGUUUGUCGAGCAAUUGUACAAGAACUGUACAAGAAGAGAUAUGCUGAAGACCAUCAUCAGCCUGAGUGUUUGGAACCAGAUGACACCAUCUAUCAAAACAGAUGAUAAAAUUCAAAGUACACACAUACUCAAGAUCCUUUAUGUGAAAUACAACUGAACAUGUCUGAGACUUCAAAAAUUAAUUUUCUGAAAGAGUCGUACCUUGCUAAAAAAAAUAUGAAUCCUCA